GCGUGAGGCAGAGGAGGGCGACGGGUGUCUUUGGGAGGAGGCGCAGAAGUGGGUGGUCAGGGGGUGAUGAGGGAGACGAGAGUCUUUCCAGAUGGGCCAGAGAGACGGCGAGCAUUGAGGGUCUUCAAGACAACGCUUGAGCUGACUACAGGGGUUUCGUUCGGCAGUCUCGAUGAUGCCCCAGGAGGCCCUGGAAAAGGCAUUCUCUCAAGAGUUAAGAGUGUUCUGGACUUCGACUUCAGUGGCGAUGCCGAAGACGGAAGCGGUACAUUGAAGAUGAAGCUGGAGCCUUGGCGCCACAGACGCCGUAGCCGCCGCCGAGGCUCAGCAGGCUGCGCCGCCAGCACGGAGUCCCAGAUUGCUAGUGAGCAUCAGUGGACAACGGUACUCCAAGGCAUGAUCUUUGUGCCUACGGAAAUGCAGGCGGAGCCGACACAGGCGGAGGCAGAGAGCAGUAACCUGGCUACCGUGAUGUUGAACGUAAUGAGGGGAGUAAUGUGGAACAACAAACUACUGCAGGCACACCUGCACGCGGAACGACAGCAAAGACAGCAGUACCAGCAAGACCUGGCCGUUGUAACGACCGACGUCCGCGAUGCAGCAAUGCAGCAGCAGCAACAGCAACAGCUGAUGAACUCUACCAUCGCACGCAUCAACGACAUUGAGGCCAAGGCCUCAGCAGCGCCAGGCUGCACGACGGACGCGACGAAGCAAAUCAACGAACGCAUCGAUYRYGUSGUCWCCAUCAUCGRCGACAUAGGUGUUUUCAACGGACCGGACACGAUCAGCAGCACGGUGGCCGCCAUCAAGACGGACAUCACCAAGCUACAGACGAGACCGGACGCCGCUACAAAGACGUUCAAGAUGCCGCACUUCGACAUCUGCAAGUUUGAUGACUACAACAAGUCGGACGCUUUGACAUGGUGGCAAUGUUUCCUCACGGAAGCGUCAUGCCGCACUGUCCCGGCGAACGACAUGUUGAAGGCACUCUAUUUGCAACUGAUUGGAGGAGCGCAGGCAUGGAUGAACCACAUGGCGGCCACCCACAAGUGCACCAUCGCCGAACUCCACACGCACAUCACGUGGAAGGAGUUCGAGCAGCCAUGGUUCACCCGGUUCAUGGUCCGCAACGUCGUGAAGGCGGCCAUGAAUGAGGUGUACACAUGCUCUCAGGGGAACAUGCCAACUCGAGACUGGACAACGAAGUGGCAAAAGAUAGUGACCACACUAGGCUUCGACUUGACGUUCCCAAAUCAACAAUCCGAGUUCUUCUCGCAAUCAUGCACGGGAUUGCGGUCGGCACUCGGUAAUGAGUACGACUAUACCACAUUCCAGGGCAUUCUGGAUCGAGCGAACUUGGUCAUCCAAACGGACGACAAGGCYGCUAACGAGAGACAAUCCCAGCCGCACUAUGUGGCUAAGCAGGCCUAUCAACGUCCGGGACAUAACAAUGCCGUGAUUUCUGAGGAAACCGACGACCACCUCGCUGCAGCAGCAUCCUCGAGUGAUGGAGGAAUUGUCGCAGCGCUCCCGCCGAAGCGUCCCAAGAGAGUUCGAAAGAACAAGGCGACACAAGAGACGGCAGCGACGGGAGCUGGGCAGCCAUGGACGGCAUAUAAGAUCACCAAGGAGGUCUAUGACCUACGUCAGAAGUACGGAUACUGCCUUUGGUGCAACGGAGUCACCCAUGUGACCGCACAAUGCCCCGAAAAGGGCAAGGCACGCGCUGUCGACAUAGACGUCCCUUGCUCUCCCGCUUCCAUCCGGAAGUACCGGGACUUGCUGAUCAAAGCCCGCGCAAAUAUGCAAAAGGCUCAAGUCCGCAUGCAGCAGCAAGCUAACCGACGUCGACUUCCAUGUCCUUUCCGCAAGGGAGACCUUGUUUGGGUCCUCUCCGAGGAAUUUGCGCUCGAGCAGGAUGUUUCGCGCAAACUCCUUCCGAAAUGGUUCGGACCAUGGGAAGUCACUUCUGCUGUUGGAGACGACCCCGCAGGUCCUUCCUUCGUGAUCAACAUUCCACCGCACCUAACAGUGCAUCGGGUCUUCCAUGCAUCAAAGCUGGCCAUCUAUACGCCACCUUCAGCUGACGAGUUCCCCAGACGUCGAUCACAGGAUCCGCCUUCUAUGGACGGACAUCAGGAAGUUGACCGAGUCAUCACGCACCGCAAGUAUGGCAACAAGCCAAGGCAGUACAADGUCACAUUCAAGCAAUGUGCGCCUGAUGACACUCGGUGGAUCUCCAGUACAGAUUUGCAGACUUCUGCACCUCUCAUAUUCGCCGACUACAAGAAGCGACGCCUUGCUAAGGACGCAGCUCGGAAUGGGGGUUCCACUUCGUCAGCUGCCACAGAUUUGUAUGUUGUGCUGAAUGCCAGCACCGUGGAAUUACCUGGAGUAGAGAAAUACAUGGAAGCAUUUGCUGUAAACACGCCAGUAGUCCUCUUCAAUCUUGAGCUUGACACUCUGAGGGCUGAUCUUGGGCUGUUCGGUUUUCCGCCCAAGGAUCUGCACUAUCGGUUUCUUUCCUUGUUCAAGCCCGUGUUUUAUGUACGAACCAGAGAUUACUCAAAGAGCGUGAGUGUAGCGCCUUUCAUUCUGAACUACAGUGGCGCUCUGUUUCGUCAAUACCCUGGUAAGUGAACCCUUUACCUUCAGGAAAGCUGUGUGAACUACCUACCAAACAUAAGAGGAGGAAGUGCGAGGAGCCAACGAAUUGUUGACCAGA